AUGGGCAGCUGUGGAAGUUCCCUUAACUGCAAUAAGUGCUAUUCCAAUGAGCCAAUCGAUGGCUGCGAUACUGAGAUCGAGAUCAAUCCCGACAUUGCGGGCCUUGGAGUGCUUAUCUCGUUUUUAUUCGGAGCCUUUGGGUUGUCCUUCGUCAUCGUCUGGGGCUACUUCAACAAGUGCCUUCCGCUUGAUGUGCUCUCCUGCACCGAUCAAUAUGCGCUUCAGCUACUCAAGAAGCGCCGCCAAUCAUUUGUCGAAGCCGAUCUCCAAUUCGAACCUACACCGAAGCAAAAAAGGAGGACGCAGAUUAUCGUUGGUUUUAUCACAGUUUUGAGCGAUCAACAACUAGUGACCGGUGUUGCGAUCCUGAUCGCAGGACUUGCUAGUCGAUGCCGCAUAUCGUUUUACGAGUUCAACAUUGUUACCUAUCUGGCCUAUUUUGCUACCUUCACGCAUGCACUUUCACUACGUGUGCUGCAGAGUCAUCUCUUCGUUCGCAAGCUUGUUCGAGACUGCCGAGUUAUCUUCACCAUCGGAUUCCUGGUGAUUUUCUCUUUCUCUUUCGUCAUCAACACAGUCUCGACCAGAUUCGAUGACGUUGUGAACAAAGAUUCAUUGAACGUAGGAAACGUAGUUCAAUGUCUCUUCGAGGCUUCGCGGUUCGGUAAGACUGUUCAGUUCGAUCUGGUUGAAUCCAUUGUUAUCCUGGGGAUUUUGCUCUUCAAUCACGUCACAGCCAUUGCGGGAUUAUAUUUCGAACCGGAUAUGGACCCACUCGCUAUGUUAUUGAAGUCCUUUUACGCACGUGGCCUCCGUUUCAGAGGCUUUUCGAGCAAAAACGCCAGUACCAUUGUCAUCAAGGCAGAAAGCAAAUACGAGGCUUGGCUCCGCCCACCAUCAGCAAUCACAAAAGAUGUCAGCAUCUCUAUUAAUCCACCAACUACGACCAUGGGCAACUGCGGUAGUUCCCUGGAUUGCGCUGCGUGUGGUAACAUCCGCAGCGAUGGAAAGUGCGCAAAGGACUUGAAACUCAACGCAGAUAUCGCAGGUAUCGGGGUCCUCGUAUCAUUCUACUUCAGCGCUUUGGCCGUUUUCUUAGUGGUGAUUUGGGGGUACUUGACUGCAACCUUGCCUACAGGUCUGCUACAGGAAACUGAUCAACAUGCACUCAAACUGCUCAAGAGGCCCUUUAAGCGGAAUAAAAGGCAUGUCGGCGCGGAAAUCCCAAUACCAGUACAAACGUCGAGACGGCAAGGGCGCAGCGAUGUUCUUGUCAGCUUCAUCAAGAUGCUGAGCGAUCAACAACUCAUAACUGGGUUGUCCAUACUGAUUGCUGCGCUUUCAAGUCAAUGUGUCAUAUCUCAACGUGAGUGGCACAUAGUUACAUCGUUAGCUUAUUUCUCAGCUACCACGCACAGUUUAUCACUCGAUGUACUACGAAACUACCUAGUUGAGCACAUCUGGGUCAGGUACUGUCGUAUAACUUUCACGCUUAUCUUCCUCGUCUUCUUUACCUUCGCGUUUCUCGUGGAUCAUUUGCCGGCGUGGCAGGAUCAAAUCAUCCACUGCUUGUUGUUAGAUUGGAGGUCGCAACCUGGACUUUUGCAGAUCAGCACCCUCAUGAUCAACGUCGUCCCUGUGUUGAUAAUUUUGUGGGGCAAACAUCUUUCAGUUAUGGCUCGAUUGGUUGCUCCGGAAGCCAUCCACCACCGCCAUGUUACUACGAAAAUGGUAGAUCGCAUGUCAAUGUAUUUCUGGAGCUGGACGAACGACAUUUCCACUUCAGAGUCCGCGGACAUCGUCGCAGAUGCGCGUCGUCUUUAUGGUAUCGCGAUCAGACCAUCAAACACCAAAACACGGAUAUCGGUGUGGUACUUCCUCGAGCAGUAUCAUGAGGCGUAUCUUUCUGAACUUCCUGUAUGGGCGUUCCAGUUUGCUUAUGGGACGACAAAUACGAUCCAAGCGGUAUGGGGCGUUGAUGCGUGGGGUACCGACGUCGAGGAUGAGACUACAGCACUUGGCUUCGGUCAAGUCGUCGCUAUAGGUUUACUCGUCCUUCCACUAAUUACUCUAACCGAACUCGUAAAUGCAAAGCACAUCGUCUAG